UGCUGCAUAUUAUCUUCUCUUAGCUGCCACUGUCACUACAUUCUGUCUGGCGACUGGCACCACGCUGUCGUGUCGGCACCCGGGUUGUUGCAGCAACGUCUCACCGGCACACACGUGCGUGUAAAUCCGCGACUCGCCUUCAUGUUUACCGGUUUACUGCGGCAAAACUGAAUUCCCAUCAAGGAGUCUGAACAGGUAGAGCCUCCAGUGGACGGACCAUCCCCGGCUCUGGUCUGAACCGAGAUGGACCUGAACUUGGGUGACGCUUUGGCUCCAUUACCGGCGAUGUUCAUUCAUUUUGUACACGUGUGAAGCCGCAUAUUGUCAUGUCGUGUUGUCUACACUCAACAUGUUGCCUGAGAGAGAGAGCCUGGACCAAGUCACCGACUCCCUACAUCAUCAGCCAUAAUGAUGACUCCUCUGGGUCAAACCGGGCCCCUCUCUCCCUGGCAGUUACCUCACCUCAUCUUCCAAGUUCCCGCACCUCAUCAGCAGACUGAACACUCCUGAGAACUCUCUGCUGGCCCACGUCCCGCAGAGGCCAUGCGGCGGUUCGUCUAUUGCAAAGUGGUUCUCACCACCUCUUUAGUGUGGGUGCUGGUGGACGUGUUUCUGUUGCUCUACUUCAGCGAGUGCAACAAAUGUGACGACAGGAAGGACCGCUCACUGCUCCCAGCCCUCCGUGCGGUCAUAUCUAGGAGCCACGAGGGUCCCGGAGAGAUGGGCAAGGCGGUCAACAUCCCCAAGGACGACCAGGAGAAAAUGAAGGAGCUUUUCAAGAUAAACCAGUUUAACCUAAUGGCCAGCGACAUGAUUGCUCUCAACAGGAGCCUGCCGGAUGUGAGGUUGGAUGGCUGCAAAACCAAAGUGUACCCGGACGACCUGCCGAACACCAGUAUUGUCAUCGUCUUUCACAACGAGGCGUGGAGCACUCUGCUCCGGACGGUCCACAGCGUCAUCAGCCGCUCGCCAAGACACUUGCUUAUGGAGAUCAUUCUGGUGGACGACUUCAGUGAACGAGACUUUCUGGGGAAGAAGUUGGAGAACUACGUCCGGACACUGGAGGUGCCAGUGAGGGUCUUGAGGAUGGAGCAGCGCUCUGGUCUGAUCAGAGCUCGGUUGAGGGGCGCGGCUGCCACCAAAGGUCAGGUCAUCACCUUCCUGGACGCUCACUGUGAAUGCACCAUCGGCUGGCUGGAGCCACUUCUGGGGCGCAUCAAAGAGGACAGGACGGCAGUUGUGUGUCCCAUCAUCGAUGUCAUCAGCGACGAGACGUUCGAGUACAUGGCAGGCUCUGAUAUGACUUAUGGGGGAUUUAACUGGAAGCUGAAUUUCCGCUGGUACCCUGUUCCUCAGCGGGAGAUGGACCGACGGAAGGGAGACAGAACACUGCCUGUCAGGACUCCAACGAUGGCUGGAGGACUUUUCUCUAUCGACAAAACAUACUUUGAGGAAAUCGGAAGUUAUGACCCCGGGAUGGAUAUUUGGGGAGGAGAGAACUUGGAGAUGUCCUUCAGAAUUUGGCAGUGUGGAGGCUCUUUGGAAAUAGUCACAUGCUCCCAUGUUGGUCACGUUUUCCGGAAGGCUACUCCAUACAGCUUCCCCGGGGGAACAGGUCACGUUAUCAACAAAAAUAACAGACGCUUGGCUGAAGUGUGGAUGGACGACUUCAAGGACUUCUUCUACAUCAUAUCUCCAGGAGUCAUGCGAGUCGACUACGGCGACGUCUCUUCUCGAAAAGCCCUUCGGGAGGCAUUGAAGUGCAAACCGUUUUCCUGGUAUCUGGAAAACAUCUACCCCGACUCUCAGAUCCCGAGAAGAUACUACUCACUUGGUGAAAUCAGGAACGUUGAAACAAACCAGUGCGUGGACAACAUGGGGCGCAAGGAGAACGAGAAAGUCGGCUUUUUUAACUGUCAUGGAAUGGGAGGAAAUCAGGUGUUUUCUUACACGGCUGACAAAGAAAUCCGCACGGAUGACCUCUGCUUGGACGUCUCUCGCCUUAACGGUCCGGUCGUCAUGCUCAAGUGUCACCACAUGAAGGGGAAUCAGAUGUUUGAGUACGAUGCCGAGAGACUCACUCUGCUGCAUGUGAACAGCAACCAGUGUUUGGACAUGCCUUCCGAGGAAGACAAGUUGGUCCCGACCCUGCGUGACUGCAGCGGCAGCCGCUCCCAGCAGUGGCUGCUCCGCAACAUGACCCUGAACAUCUGAUGCUUCUCAUCCUCCAUCCAAUUAGCCGGCCUGAGCCUGCACUCCUUCAGCAGGUGGCUCCAAACAUCGCUCCUUUCAUCAGCCGGGCUUUUUGUCCCGGGUUGCCGGGGUCUCAUCCAUGAGAGCAGCCUUUCUGCUUGGAUCCCUUUUCAGUAGCGAGAGAAGUUGCACCUGUCACUCAAGUGGUGUGAAGAGCCGUAGCAUUUUCAUGGCAAAGAGAACUUCAUUUCUGUCUGGGGAGCGAUGACUCUGUGGUCCAGCUGCUGGAAACCUCGGUGCCAGUUAAUCCACUGUUAGCUACUGGACCAUUAUUCCACAGAGCUUUAUGCUGCAGGAUUAGUGCGAGUCUUAUCUGCGCUGGUGUUGAGGGAGGGUCUUGGGGGGGCAACAGUUACUCUCAUCACAUCAUGUCACUGAACCUACCUGGGAUAUAGAAGGCAGAGAUCAAUGUGAAAUAUCUGCUAAUGACAUAUCGAGUUAUUUGAAUGUGUUUUGGGGCAAAUUCCCUGGUCAUAGCUGAGCACCUCUGGGGGGAGCUGGACUGACAUUUAAAGGCUGAUGUUGCUAGAUGUGCUGUAAACCCUUGCCGUGCUCUUUACACUCUCACAGUCCUUAAGCCGUUAACAUUUAUUCAAGUUAAUUUUGCCCUUGUAGAAAAACACAGUCCUGGCUGUCCGCUCAUGUUUUCAGGGACAAGGCCAGCGGGUCAACCACCACUUUGUUAGAGUGCGCCUCAGACCUGGCCUUACAGGUGAAUGAUCUCAAAACGGGACAGUGAGUAUUCACAACAGAGCACACGUCCUGAGUUUUGUUAGAUGAUUUUAAAUUCUAAUCUGAAGCUCUGUUUGCCUCACAAUAUUAUCAGAAUUUGCAUUCAUUUAAAUAAUAAUAAUAAUAAUAAUUAACGCUUGAUAUCGAUAUGAUUCUAUAUGACUAUGGGUUUUGUGAAAAAAACAAACCCCAAACACGACACAUACACGUUUGUAUCUCUAUGUUUGUGGGGUCUGCUCAUUGCCAUAAUGCUCACCCGAAACCUAACCAUCCAAAACAAAUGGCUAAACUUAAUGGGGCUCUAAACUCUAAAAUUAUUAUGAUCCUGUUAUUCUGAUGUCUUCGUCCUUAAAUUAUUGCUUGCAUUGGUCCAGCCAAAUGGUCCCCACAAAGGCAUAAGGUCCACGCAAGGAGGUGUUAUGUUAAGAAUUGGUCCCCACAAGUAGGGAUAAACCAGGUACUGUACACACACACACACACACACACACAAAUAAAAUAAAAUAAACAUUAUGAUACAGAUGCCUGACUUUUGCCACUGCUACUGGAAAUUGAGUCCUUUGAUUUAAUGACAUUUUGGGCGGCAGAGUAUCUUCAAUGAAAUAUUCCACUUUCAUAUCAUUAUUUCAAAAAAGCCGUAGCUUGAAAGCUGCUAAAGAUAAAGGUUUACUCUAAAACAGAAAACUCUUGACCCAAAGUUUCGGAGGGAAGUAAAUUCAUCUCUAAUCAAAUGUGUUAUGACGUUACCCAGCGCUGGCCAUAGUGAAUUACAUCACUUUUACAGAUGUUUAUCUGAUCCACUGGAGACAUUCUUCCUCAUCUGUGAAGCAACAAUGAGGAUGAUGAUGGCUGGGCAUCAUCACUGUCCUUCACGCCGGGACUGUUGCCUCUACUACAAUUCACAGUGUAUUUUCUCCCACGCCUUCUGUCAGUACUUCCCCGUUUUUUUUCCCCCACAUUCCUGUUACUCAGUAAAGCAUCAGCUCUAGUAUGUGCUCCCAGUGGACUCUUAGAGAACAGACGCGCUGUCACUACAACAGAAGCAGUGUCACUCUCUGUUAUACGCUACAAUGAAGAACUUCAUCACAGGAUGAAUAUCCCUCUUCACACUCUGAGCCAGUCAAAUUCGCUCUCUGCUUACUAGGUACCUACAGCCUCCCUCAUCUCCAGGACUUGGCGGGGACAGUUUUCAUACUGUAUAUUCCAGUACGGUGAUAAGAACACACCCACAAAUGUUGCUCAGAGUGAAGUGGCAGGUGUCCACCAUCUGCCUCCGUAAAGUAGUAGCUACAUCAUCAAAUUAGCUGCUGGCUUGUUUGAGUGCUGCCUGUUGUCAUUUUCCAGGCUUAACAUUUUUAAUGUUCAUAUCGAUUAGAUAAUAUCUUUCAGCCAUGAGUGGUAGGGUCGAAGCUUUACUCUUUAAUUUACAUUUUGUUUACCUUCUUUUUCAAUGUAGCAUUUGGUGUAGGACCGACACUGUCAAAUAUUUUCAUCAAAACCAGUCUUAGUUGAUAUUUUUAUCAUAUUGAAUAUCCUAUUCAAGUACAAAAUAAAAAGGCUUAGACAGCUUCAGCUAGCAGUUAGCAUUGCCAGUGAUAACCAGUCGUUUUCCUUGGACUUGCAGAAUUUGUCUGAAAUCUCUGAAUUUUUUUUUUUUUUUUUUUUUUUUUUUUGACUGACACUGUGGCUGUGGGCCGUUGGGCAUCUGAUAAAGGGCUGCACAUGGCCCACGGGCCUGAUGUUGGACAGGCCUAGUGGAAGAGACCCCACUGAAAGUUAUAAAUCUUGCACCUUCCAUGUGACUUCAGUUCAUAUGUUUUGUUAUAACAGUCGGUUGCAGAAGAAAACGUCUUCAAUACAUUUCUUCUAAAAUGUAUUGAAGACGCCAGAAACGUGUUCUAUAAAACAAAAAAAUUAAAUCAGUCUUAAUGUUUCUCAACAAAGCUGUUUCUUUAGCUGUAAUAAGUACAACACCAUCAUGUACACUAGUCUUAGAGCAGGCAAAAUACUGUACGUGUGCCUUUAAAAUAUUAUAAUAACAGUUGUAGUUUUGUGUCAUUUUUAUUUGAUUCAUUUAAAGACCAAACGGGAUGAAACAUGCUUUGACUGCUGAAUCGUCAACGUAGGAACCGGAAACUUCACCCAAUAUUUCACCGUUAACCAGCAACAAAACUCGACAUCCGUGUACAUAAGUGGAGACGUUGUUGUUGUCGCCGAUGUUGUACAUACAGAACCACUUAUUUUUAUAAGACGCUUUAAAACCUGAGCGGAUGGUCCACGUAUUGAAAAAGCAUAGUGAGCUAUAUUUGAAAUGGUGGAAGGUGAAACGCUGACCACGGGAGCUGAGUGUUUAUUUCUCAAGCUAAUCUGCUAAAUACUGAGAGUGACAUCAACACUGCUGGGACAUGAGAGCCCUGAAAAGUGCCUACUCGGCAUUCAGAAGAAUAUCCAAUCACGUCUCUAGCGCUGGUCUCACAUGUAUUGUUUCACGUUAGCUUCAAGUGCAUGGUGUAGUGAUAGGAGUGUCAUGUUUUGAUGUACCGCUGGCUGCUGUUUGAACAUUCUGGCCUUUUUUUGUAGACGACAAUGAUGCAGAAGGAAGUAAUGGCAUUU